AUGCCACCUAAACAAGACAGUAAUAAUAAAGUGAAGAAGAGAGUAAGAAAGUCAAUUACAAUGGAGGUUAAAUCUAAGAUUUUAAAACUCAAAGAUCGCGGUUAUUCGACUUCAUCUAUUGGACGAGAACUCAAUUUAUCACGCACGACGGUACAAACAAUAUUGAAAGAUAAAGAAAAACUCUUAACAGCUCUUACUUCCGUCUCUUCAAACAGCACUAUUAUACGCAAAAGGAAUGCUUUAAUUUAUGAAAUGGAAAAACUGUUUCGCGGAUGGUUCAUGCGCUUUAAAACGAGAUAUUCGUUACAUAACAUUCGAGUGCAAGGAGAAGCUGCUAGUGCCGAUCAUGUGGCUGCUCAGAGUUUUCCUGGAAUAUUAAAGGAAAUUAUCGAAAGUGGAGACUAUUCGCCUAAACAAAUUUUUAACGUGGACGAAACUUGUUUGUUUUGGGAAAAAAUGCCCUCUCGUACUUUUAUAUCACAGGAAGAAAAGUCUAUGCCUGGAUUUAAAGCGGCUAAAGAUCGUUUGACGUUGUUAUUGGGUUCGAAUGUUGAAGCUUUACUUAUUUUGGACAAUGCUCCCGGCCAUCCUGUGCGUAUUGCCGAUAUUGAUCCUCAAAUCAAAGUCGUGUUCCUGCCUCCCAACACCAAUUCGUUGUUACAGCCGAUGGAUCAAGGAGUUAUCGCGUCUUUUAAGGCCUAUUAUCCCAGGAGAACUUUUUCACAGGCUGUAAAGGCUAAUGAAAAUGAUGGCAUGGAGCUGAGAGAUUUUUGGAAAAGUUAUAAUAUCCUGCAAUGCGUAAAAAAUAUUGCUACUUCAUGGGAUGAGCCAUCUGAAAGUUCUACAUCUACAGAUCAACCAAAUGUCGAUGAGAUCACAACUGACAUUGUUCAUUUGGCUAACCGUUUCCCUGACAUUGCAGUUACUGCUGAUGAUAUUGAUGAUCUGUUAAGCUCACAUUCGCAAGAACUGACUGAUGAAGAUCUUAUUGAAUUGGAGGCACAAGUACAAAAGGAAGCACUCGAGUCACAAGAAAUAGCUUCUUCUAUUAGUGAUUCUGAGAAAGAACUUACACUAAAAAAACUUUCCGUAGCCUUUGCAAAUUUGAAGAAUGCCAUGAAAAUUGUUGAAGAAAAUGAUCCUAAUUUUGAGAGAAGUUUUAACGUUAAUAACAAAAUUUGUGCAGCCUAUCACUGUUACCAAGAUCUGUAUGAUAGCAAGAAGAAAGAAGCCAAGCAAUCUAGAAUUGAUAGUUUCUUUAAGCCAAAAGUUUAA